AAUUAGAAAAGUGGUAUAAAUCAAUUGAAAAGUAAAAAAAUGGUAAUUAUGAAAAAAAGUCUUCUCAAUUAGAAGUGUUAAGGAACAAAAUAGUACCACUAAGACUAAGCAAAGCAGCAGAGCAGUGGUUAACAAUGGCGGAAAACGAGAAUCGGACUUCAGAAACGUUUCGCCUCUUCUCCUCCUCCGCCAGUAAUGUCAGCUCUGGUUUUGGGUUUUUCGAUACUCCAGAGUCGCCGGUUCCGCCGCCACCUCCUUCCGUUGAAGUACUUUCCUCCGAGGCUUCGUCGUCUGUGAAAUUUAAUGUGGAGCCUGUGAACUUCGAUGGACUUACUUUGCUCAAGGGCCGUGUUAGUACUCGAGAGGUUUUUGCUUUGUCGAAUUCAGAUUUAGUCCCUGGAAAAUAUGAAGGGGGUUUGAAGCUAUGGGAGGGUUCACUUGAUCUGGUUAAAGCUCUUCGUUCUGAGGUUGGAAAUGAACAUUUAACUCUUACCGGGAAGCGAGUGUUAGAGCUUGGAUGUGGUCAUGGACUCCCUGGAAUCUUUGCAUGCCUCGAGGGUGCAGCUGCCGUUCAUUUCCAAGACUUUAACGCCGAGGUCCUAAAAUGCUUAACAAUUCCCAAUGUAAAUGCGAAUCUUCAGAAGAAAAUCCAAAACUCGAAAACAGGUGUAACAGAUAGUGAGGCAGCAACAGAAGUUCGUUUCUUUGCUGGCGACUGGAGUGAAAUCGAUAAACUUCUUCCUUAUGUACGCGACAGUAAGAAGGAACUCGAUUGUAGCACAGAAAAUUGUUCUGUUGAUGGUUAUGAUACUAUUUUAAUGGCAGAAACAGUCUACUCUGUCACUGUUUUCCAAAGACUUUAUGAACUUAUAAAAAAGUGCAUGAGCUAUCCACACGGCGUGGUAUAUAUGGCAGCGAAGAAGCAUUAUUUUGGAGUCGGUGGAGGAACACGACAGUUUUUAUCAAUGGUGGAGAAAGAUGGCCUUAUGGCUUAUAGCUUGGUUUCCGAAGUUACAGAUGGCUCGUCUAAUGUCAGAGAGGUUUGGAAGCUUUCAUUUAAGUAGGUUUUCGAAUUUCAAUUAUUACGCUACUAAAAUGCAGUCGUUAUGUCCUUUCGCUUUUAUUAUUUUUGUACCGAAAGAAUGAAUCAGACUUAAAGUAGCAUUAUACUAUGUGGAGAGAACAUGUAGAAGAUGCUUGAUAAUUAGAUAACCUCAAUUAAAGUUAUCAUUCACAACAUUUUGAUUCUCUGAAUUACUUCAUGUUGCUAACUAUAUAAAUAGGUGAGAGUGAACAUUUAUAAUUUCUCUUCAAAUCCCUGAAUGAGUUAUUUGCUUGUUAUUUAGUUUGUAAUAUGAUUACCAUAAAGUUGAAGUAUGACGACUUCGAAUUUCUGAGGAUAUUGUUCUGCAAAUUUAUUUAACAUAACAUGUUUUAGGCUGAUGGGGCAGAUAUGUUUCUCAUCGUGGUUCACCUUCAUAUUUUUCUCGUGGUCUUAUAUCCUACCGUGCAAGUCUUAGCAGUCCUAGAGAAUUUGCUCGAUGUUUACAGAAUCCAUUGAAAGCUUAGAUUAUUCAUUAAUCUUUUCUACACUUAUAAUACUUUUCACACCCUCUUCCUGGAGGAUUAGAUUGCUGAGGAAGACAGUUUCCUGCUCUGCUAUAAGAUUCUCCUCCCUGACCACCUCUACAAACCGGUUGAUCUCGUCUUAAAGCCCCGGGUGAGAUGUAUCUCUUCUCUUCUAGAAUCCUUCUACUUAUGUCGGACUCCAUAAACAUCUCACCUUCUUCAUGGCACUCUGCUAUGGAGCCAUUGCAGGGCAUGUAAGUAGUGUAGCAUUCGGCUAACAACACGACCCGAGUCGUGCUGCAACCGAAAUAUAAAAGGCCAAUAAUUAGAAGGGAGUUGUAGAAUUGGAGAGAAACCAUGUUCUUCUCUUUGAGAUUUCUUCUAUGGUUUUCCAU